AUGUCGUCUCUUUUAUUCAACUCAUACUGCUACCGUUCUUUCUUUACAAACUCCACGGAGCCGAGGGUUUGUGUCUGCUCGAAGAAUCCGGUGUCGCUCGGACCUUCUCCGGAUUCCACAUCCAACAUGCAGGACCAACAACUCUUCGUAUCAUCAGGAUCGCCUGCACAAAGCCUGAUUGACGAGGCGCACGAGGGAAGCGCUCGCCCCACGGCCCAACAGGCCUGCAAAGAAUGUCGCCGCAGGAAAUCUAAGUGCGAUCGCUUGAUUCCAAACUGUGCCCUGUGCCACAAAUUUGGCAGACAAUGCAUCUAUGAAAAACAAAUGAAGACACCGCUCACUCGGCGCUAUCUCACCGAGGUGGAGAAUGAGACAGACCAAGUGAACUUUAGUACUCCAUCCGAAGACCCAGUGCAUGUAUCUCGUUCAUCUGAUGUUCUCAGGUCUCAGCUUCUAGGCGGCUCUUUGCUGAACCACCGAGGAAGAGAGACCACGGUGCAUUCUGCGAGCCCACAAACCCAAUCACACCAUUCUACGUCGAGUAGGAUGGAUAAUGUGAGAGGUAACUCUGAGGUUCCUAUUCAACAUCAAUCUGUUCGUUGCGAGUUGCAGGACCGCUCGCCUGGGUCGAAGAAACCAUCACAGGCAACGUCUGGCCUGUCAUUGGAAACUCCAACCUCACCGAGCAACUUCGAAUGGGACGAAAGAAAUGGAAGUCCAAGCGGAGAUAAAUUUGUCGACGGCAUGGCCAGCUUGCCCAGUGCUUCACAUAAGGACGGUUACUUAGGGGUCGCAUCCGGUGCUGCUUUACUGCGCAUCAUUGACACCAAGCCAACUGGACCGGAUUGGGCUUCGGGGUUGGAACAACGUGCUGGCACGGCAAAUCAUCCGAUUUCAACUAUCCCCUUUGCUCUCAACUCUUUGGGCCAACUCGAACCUUUCGUCGAUGCAUAUUUCUCUCUCUUCCACCGAUCAUACCCGAUAGUGCAUGAAGCAACAUUCCGAGCUCAGUUUACAGAAGUUAUUCCCCGGCCAGCUGGUGAUGAAUGGCAAGUUCUUCUAUUCAUAAUCGCCGCUGUUGGUGGGUGGACAACAGCCACAGAACAAACUGACCUCCACCUCGGUCUAUUCGAAGCUGCCAAGGCGCGGCUCUCCAUUGACAUGUUGGAAACGGGAAACCCAUUUCUCGUGCAAGCUCUUACCCUCCUUUCGAAUUACAUGCAGAAGAUAAACAUGCCGAAUUCCGGAUACAAUUAUAUGGGCCUUGCACGCCGUAUUGCGAUGGGUAUCGGAUUACACAAAGAGUUUCCAAGCCGAGAAACUAGCCUUUUCAACCUUGAGAUGAAGCGCCGUAUCUGGCACUGCCUCUACAUUUUCGAUGUUGGUGCUAUCAUCACGUUUUCUCGACCGCUCGACUUUCCAAGUGAUGGUAUCGACGUGGGACUUCCCAUGAACGUCCACGACACGGACUUCACUCAAGGAGCAAAACUUUUGCCGCAGCCGGCUGAUGAAACGACUGUAUACACUCACUUGCGAGCCCAAGCGACUUUCCACAUGGCUACGAGUAAAAUCUACUCCAGGAUCAUUUCGUCGCCAUUCCCAUCUGCAUCGGAGCUCAUCGAUUCAGACGAUCGGUUGAUCGGAGGCUGGCUCAACUCUAUACCUUCUUUCUUUCAAGAAUCCGUCCGCCAACAACCCAGAUUCCGGCUCUGUCACUCAAUUUUGAGAUGGAGAUAUCGGAACUUCCGCAUCCUCAUGUAUCGCCCCUUCCUUCUUGGUCGGCUCAUGGCACGGCCUGGGCAGUGCACUGCUAUGGACAAUAGUACCAGGUUUGCUAUUCAGCGAUGUCUGGAUGCAAGUCGUGAGACUGUGGAGCUCAUUUCUCAAUUCUGGGCACAUGAGCAGCGGAGUAUGAUGGCCUGCUGGUAUGGGUUAUACUUCUUGUUUCAAGCAAUUCUUAUUCCAGUCAUCUGUCUUCGAAAUAAUCCUCAGGAAUUUCGAGCGAUCGAAUGGGUUGAACAAAUUCAAGAAGCCAUGAGGAUCCUCGAGUCCAUGGCAAUUUUGAAUCCGACUGCACUCAGAUGCCUUUCGGUAAUCAAGGCCCGAUGCGGCACGUAUCUUGAAAACAACUCCAUUGAUGGCCGGUAUCUUCCAACUGAGGAGUCCCCACAGACGCAGCUGGCACAGCUCUAUCCAUUGAUGUGGCCAACUCUGGAGAUGGCUCAGCUUGAUGGAAUGGGAUCGGUUUUGUAA